ACGUUCAUCUUCUUCUCCUUGUUUUUCCUUCUCCAAAAACACAAACACAGAAGUCACGAAAGGUGCUGCUUUCUGACUUUGAUUGGAGGGACUCCUGGGGGUGGUUUGCCUAAAUCCUACCAGCAACGAAGUAGUGGAGGCAAAUAAACACUCUAAGGAGAGUGAUCAAAUCACGCCUUCAAUCGUUCUCUUCCAUAUUGUUUCCCUGACAAUAGAUAGUGAGUGAAUUCUAGAUCCUAAUUCCAAAACUCAAACUCAAAGUCAUAGGAUUAAUUUAAUAAAGAAUAAUACUUUUCUAUUUUGAUUCGUCGAGAAGUACAUGAAGCACAUCUAAUUGGUACAAAAGUAUAUUUAUAUCAUUAUAUGCAUCAUGCGUGCACAUGUCUUUAUCAUGUAUUGUAAAUAUAUACAUAUGAAAAUAUUGAUCAAGUACUAGGAUUUCGAAUUAACUAAGGGUUAAUUGCACGUAUUGCCACUUAAAUUUAUCAUUUGUUGCACAAUGACCACCUAAGUAUGUUUGGUUGCAACUAAACCAUUUACAAACACUUUCUGUUACACUGUCACCAUUUCCGCCUCUCAAACUAAUGAUAGGUGUCUAAAUGUAAUUAUCCAUGCCACGCGGACUGCCACAUCUGUUGAGCCACAAAGCAGCAACUAGCUUCACAUAAGAGGGCGAGUCCAUACUGAUACAACUGGUAAGGGUUCCCAAUUAAGUAUCAAGUUUUUCAGCGAAAGGUCACACUUCUCUAUCACCCGUCUUCGAAUUACCUUAGCAACCAACCAAACACAUCAAUUGAAAAACAAACCCAACCAUUAAAGGAAAACUUACAGCAGAACCCUUGAGAACAUAAUUCAGUUCAUCAUUCCUUUAUAGACAGACAUAUUCUUUUGAUGUCCAAAUAUUACAGGGAUUUGCUAAAAAAACAGUGAGUACUGCACUACUGUUGUCUUUAUACCGUUUAGCAACGGUGCAACCGAAAGUUGAUAUAAAUGAUUUAGUAGCAACAAAACUUAUUUAGGUGGUCAUCGUUGGUAAAUUUAAGUGGUAACCUUCGCCAUUAACCCAAUCAACUAACGUAUCAAAUUACGUCAUUAUAUUACUAACCGAUUAAUCAUAUAUCAUAAAUUCAGCAUAUGUUGCAUGAUUAGAUUAACUAUCGUAUUUAGAAUGGACUAUGGAGACUUCAUUAUUCAAAAGUCAUAUUCUGAAAGACGUCCCCAACAUACCCUGUUGGCCGCGCCCUAAGCAGCGUCGGUGAAGCGGCACUUAUUAUUUAUUUUCAAAAUACAAAAUAAUGUCAACAUUUGGUAAUAUGGAGGAUAGAGCCCUCGAUUUUUUUUUUACUUGACUCGGAGUCUUGGAUCCAAAUGACAGCCAGCAAGUUGUCUUCUUUUCUUAUACGAAGUCAUUUUCACCGGACAAAGAUUCUAGCCAAGCAAUGACGACUGAGCUUUAGUAAACGGAAGAACCCUAAACCAAUAAUGACAGAAACAAAUUAAUUAAUCAGGCAGGCCGGCAGGCAGAUACUUCAGCUGGUCGUCAAAACUAACUCUAUUUUACCCAUUACACUAGUAGCUAGUAGCUACAGAGUGCUCUGUUUCAGGGGAAGAUUGCAAGGUAAUCCAUUCAUCAUGUCGAAACUCCCUACCUUCCUCUUCUUCUUCCUCCUCACCAUCUCCAUUUCCCUCUCAUCUCACCCACUCGACCCACUAACGCCGGCCGAAUUCACCGCCGUCCAGACCGCCGUUCGCGCACACUACUCCUCCAGCCACACCUCCAUCGCCUUCCACUACAUCGGCCUCAAGGAUCCACCCAAAUCCGCUUUCCUCACCUAUCUCCACCACCACCCCUCCGCCGUUCCUCCGCCGCGUCAAGCCUUCAUCAUCGCCCGGGUCAACCACUCAACCACCCACGAAAUCACCGUCGACCUGACCAAUCCCAACAACACAAUCUCCGACCAAAUCUACACGGGACCCGGCUACCCGAUUUUCACCACCAAGGAGCAGCUCGCCGCCAACGCGCUCGCCGUCGGCCACCCGCCGUUUCUCGAAUCCGUACGGAAGAGGGGGCUAAAAUUGGGGGAAAUCGUGUGCCAGUCGUAUGGGAUCGGGUGGUUCGGGGAGCAGGGGAAAGGGAGUAGGAUCGUUAGGGUUAUGUGCAAUUAUUUGGACGGGACGGUGAGUCUGUACAUGCGGCCGGUGGAGGGAAUCACCGUCACCGUGGAUCUGGACCGGAUGGAGAUUAUUGGGUAUCGGGAUCGGGCGAUUGUGCCGGUUCCCAAGGCGGAUGGGACUGACUUCAGAGGGUCGCAGCAGCGGCCUCCUUUUGGGCCGAGCGUUAAUGACAUCGACAUCGUCCAGCCCAACGGCCCAAGUUUUCAAAUCGACGGGCAUAGGAUCCGGUGGGCCAACUGGGAUUUCCAUUUGGGCUUCGACAUGCGGGCCGGGCCCAUAAUAUCAUUGGCAUCGAUCUUCGACGUCCAGAAGCAGAAGUUCCGCCGGGUUCUGUACAGAGGGUUUGUGUCGGAGCUCUUCGUUCCGUACAUGGACUUAACGGAAGAAUGGUACUACCGGGCCUAUUUCGACGCCGGCGAGUACGGCUACGGGUCGUACGCCUCGUCGCUGCUGCCCGGCGCCGACUGCCCUGCAAAUGCGGUUUUCAUGGAAGCCUACUUUCCCGACGAGGACGGGAAUCCCCAGCAGCUCCCCAACGCCUUCUGCAUCUUCGAGAGGUACGCCGGCGACAUAAUGUGGCGCCACACCGAGACCGCUACUCCGGAAGUGGUGACAGAGGUGAGGCGAGAUGUGAGCUUGUUAGUGAGGAUGGUUUCAACUGUGGGCAACUAUGACUACAUCAACGAUUGGGAAUUCAAGCAGAGCGGCUCCAUCAAAGUCACGGUUGGGUUAACAGGCGUGCUAGAGGUGAGAGGAUCUGAGUACACACACAAGGACCAAAUCCACGGCGAAUCCUACGGUCCAAUACUUGCCGAGAACACAAUCGGGUCGAACCACGACCAUUUCCUCACAUACCAUUUGGAUCUCGACGUAGACGGGAAACGAAACUCGUUCUCAAAAUCCAAAUUGGAAACGGUCAGAGUCUCAAACAGCACAACCUCGCCAAGGAAGAGUUACUGGAGAGCAGUCGUCGAGACGGCCAAAACAGAGUCCGAUGCAAAGAUCAACCUGGCCGGUUCCGAGCAAGUCGACUUCACGUUUGUGAAUCCCAACAAGAAGACCGAUGUUGGGAACUCCGUUGGGUACCGUUUGGUUCCAGGGUCGGUCGUGAGUCCAUUGUUAUCCGAGGACGAUUAUGUGCAGAUCAGGGGAGCUUUCACCAAGUACAACAUUUGGGUCACGCCGUACAAUGAGAGUGAGAAAUGGGCUGGGGGUGUUUAUGUUGAUCAGAGUCGAGGGGAUGAUACUUUAGCAAAAUGGAGUCUUGGGGACAGGGAGAUUGAGAACAGAGACAUUGUGUUGUGGUACACAUUGGGUAUUCAUCAUGUGCCUUGCCAGGAGGAUUUUCCGGUCAUGCCGACGUUGAGCAGUGGGUUUGAGCUCCGGCCGAAUAAUUUUUUCGAGAGGAAUCCGGUUCUCAAGGCCUUCGUGAGUUUGUAGAAGUGAAUCAAAGCUAGAAUGAAGGUGUAUUUGAUUGUUGUCACGAUUGGCAGGUAUGAAUAUGAUUCUUUUGGGAAUACUAAUUUCAAGGAAGUGUAUUGGAGUAUAAUGAAUUAGCAGACAGCUACUGCAGCAACCAACACCCACAGACAACAUUCAUAUCCAUCCCAUACAACACAAUCAGAACUUCAGAUGAUCCAUUCCUAGUAAUAGCUAGAUAAGAAGGAUUAAUAUUUCUUUUCUUCCAUUCAUCUCUCCUCCUUGUAUAAAUUCUAUUACAUCCAUGUACAUCAAAGCAGGGUGGCUGGUUCUUAUUCGGUGGAUGGAAGGCUGGUUAGAAGGACUCUGUUGAUAUGCCACACAACGAGUAACAAUUCGAGAGCCUGCAAGUAAAACUAAGUUUAUUGU